CUUGUGGUUUCAUUAUUCUCAUUUACUGUCUGAUAAAGAAAACUCUUGAGAUUCGUAACCGCUGGUUCUUCAAUAUAUAGAGGCGCAUCUUCUUAUUCACAUCUUCAUACCGAGAUACCUAAAACCUCAGUUACUGCUCUUCCUUGCUUUUCUCUUACUCGUUUCCUUAACUUAAAAUGGCUAAGAGUGAGAAGAUUAGCUUGAAACUUCUCGUUGAUGAGAAAAAAAACAAGGUUGUUUUGGCUGAGGCUGGUCAAGAUUUUGUUGAUGUGCUCUUUGGUCUCUUGACAUUCCCAAUGGGGACUAUUGCAAGAUUGCUGGAGAAGCAUCAGAAGUUACCACAAAUCCUAGGAUGUUACAAGAAUCUUAGUCGAAGUGUUUCAGAUAUGGCCGUUGAUGAUUUCAAGACCGAGGCUUGUAAGAGUAUGUUGCUUUCUCCAAAGAGCUCCAUGGAGAUCCAUUGCAGAAGACUCAAACUGCACAUUGAUGAUACUCAGGCUACAAUGUUCUAUGUAUGCUCAAAAAAGCAUGAGAGCGACUCAAGUAAGUAUAGCAAUUUUUACAAAUCAAGAUGUAGCUGUGGAUCUUUGAUGAUCUAUCAGAUUCAUGUUCCAGAAGAUGAGCAAGUUGUAGACUCGUUAGGAAAUGCUGAAGAUGUUGUGUUUGUUAGCUGUAGAUCAUCUUUCAUUCUGACAGAUGAUUUGAAAGUGAUGUUGAAUUCUAUCGAUGAAAUAGUCAAGGUUCUCAAUGGCCUAGGAUAUCCAAAUAUAAACGAUCUUAAGGAAAUGCUCAUUGAUGUUGGCUCUGAAGAGGUUUUGUCUCUACUGGGGAAUUUAUUCACUUCAGAGUCUGCCUUGACAAGCACAUUCCUCAUGAAACAGUGUAUGACGACGAUGCUUACACUGUCACCUCCACCAAUGUUCAAAACUGGACGGGUAGAACAGGGCAGUGGAUGCCAUAUUAAAGUGUUCGUUGGAAAGUUAGACAGAAAGAUUCUUUAUGCUGAGUGCAGUGAAGACUUCAUUGAUUCUCUUCUCACUUUUCUUGUUCUGCCUCUCGAGUCGGCGUCUUCGUUCUUCGAAGACAAUACCAUUAUCGGAUGUGUAAAGAAUUUGUGCUGAUGUGGGUAUAGAAGACAUUUGGCUUACAAUUGUUUUAUUCCAAGUUACUAUACUUGCAGUAAGAAUCUCCUUGAUAUUGCCAGUUGCCCUUCACCAGCAUAUGAAUGUUUAAUUCCCUAUUUUCGUCACCCUUAUUCUAUUUGCAAAUUUUCCAGAAGUUUUGAAUUAUCUGUGCUUGGUGAAGGGCAAAAAGUUGUUACUUUGAAUCCUAUUGAUCCAAAGACUUCCAAGUCUUGCACUUCAGUGGUAGCUGAUAGUGGGUUUGUGAAGAGAAAUACCAAAUUCAUCGUCUCUGAUGAUCUGAUAAUCACUCCAAUGAACAAAUUUUCAACCAUUGGCCUGUUAAAGAAGAUGCAGAUUAACAUGAACGACUUUGAGGCUCAAUCGAUUUGUAUCUACAAAGCAGAGCUCGUCAAUAUUUUAAGAGCUUCAUUGACUUCGUCCUCUGCUUUGACCAACGUUCUCUCGAACUUACUUGCAAAGGAGCCAAAGAAAGAAUCUUGA